AUGGCGCUCUAUGCGGAGCAGUUGCCACCAACACCUUCCAUAAGCCCAGUUUACCAGGUGCGAAAGGUAUGGUUCGGACCAGGAGAUCGGCCACGGGAGACGCGGGACUCCGCAGCUCGAACGACCGCCAUCAGCGGAGCCGUGCUGGCCUCGUUGCAAGGCAUGCGGAGCACACGAGGAGAGGGAGACGGCAAUCCUCAAUCGGAGUACAGCUUGCCACUUUCCUCCAAUCGACCACUCUUUAUUGUCAACCAGCUGGCCUAUGCGAUUAGGGAGGUCCCGAAUGGCACAGGCGACAAGGCUUUGUAUACAAAUCGAGAGCGAUCAUGGCUCAUGCAAAACCUGGAAAAGCUUAGUGCUACGAUUGGAGCUUGUGAGCGCCUCGUACAGACACCUGUGCCCUUGAGUUACGUGCGACACACAUCGCGAUUCCUGUCGUUAUUUAUGCUCACGCUUCCGUUUGCUUUAGUCGAUGUCCUGGGGCCGUAUACAAUUCCAGUCACGUGUUUUGCAAGUUGGGCCCUUUUCGGAAUUUUCGAGAUUGGCUUGGUCAUUGAGGACCCAUUUCAGGGCGUCCUCAAGGUUGAAGUCAUUGCAGAGACCUUGCAGGCGGACAUUGAGGAAUGCAUCCGAAGUCUUGGUGCCUUAGACUUGCUGGAUGCGGGUGCUUUGGGCAAAGAGGUGAAGCGGAGCGAUGCCUCCAGCUAUGCCCCGUCCCGUGAAUUGCCCUCUACUGGCGAAGAACUCUCUGUUGCUCGGGCAGCUUCGAUGGCCGAAGAAAAACGCACCUUGGCUGAGUGUAGUGUACGCAGUUUGCUUGAAGUCACCCAUUCUUGCAAGUCACUACCUUUUGUGUUCUUCAAUUCAGGCAAGCCACAAGUCUUGCUCGAGAUCUUUCAAUCCUAUGAUGUGAACGGAGACCAGGCCAUUGACAAGAAAGAAAUGCAGAAGGCACUUCUGAAAUCAACUGGUCAUAUUUGCUGGAAGGUUCGUGACUGUAUCGAUGUGAUCUUUGACGAAGCCGAUUCAGAUGGUGAUGGGCUGCUCACACAGGCAGAAUGGUGCGCUUGGGCAGAAGCGUGCCUUGAUCGUGCUGAAAUAGCAGACCUAGUGCUGCGUAUGCCCAGCUCGCCUCUUUUGCCAGCUGAUAGCCAUGACGAUACCUGGGAAGCUUGGCUCAAUUUGGGCAAAGGGGUGGUGACUCUGGCAUCACAGCACCCACUGGAGGACGCAGAGGAAAAAGAUGAGGAGCCGCAAGAACAGGAGGAGCUGCCACCACUGCCAGAGGAAAAGUCACUCAGCCGGCAUUUCAUUGACCAUUUCUGA